GCUGCGGCUCACCAGAAAGACAAGGCGACGGCCUACCAGUCCAUUCUCACUGACCUGCUUGCGCGUCCCGACCAGGCCACCCUUGCUCAGGAUCUCCAUAUCCUUGUCGAGAAUGUCGUCCAAGACAGCACAGGUCUCGUCAUCGGGCGACAGGUACUCUCAGAGCUGGUUAAGGCGCUGGAAGCCGGCGUCGUGCUGGACGUCGACUUGAGGAAGCAGAUCGUCCAAGAUACUCUGGAUAUCAUUCAACCUCGGAUAGUGAGCUACGAAGAGCAGGUCAACUCGCUUCGCUUCCAACUUGCUGACAUCCUGGAAGCGGACCACUCAUGGAGCGAAGCGGCUCGCGUGCUCAUGGGCAUAUCGCUGGACGCGGGUCAGCGACAUUGUUCCAGAGCAACCGAGGACAAGUUCAAGAUCCUCCUGCGUAUCGUCCGUCUUCUGCUCGAGGACGAGGACUCCGUACAAGCCGAGACAUACUACAAUCGCGCAGCGCUCCUAGCACCGUCAACACAAGACAAAGAAGCCCUACUUUCGUUCAAGCUCUGUCAAGCACGGAUCAGUGACUAUUCACGGAAGUUCCUGGAAGCUGCGGCCAGGUACCAUGAAUUGAGUUGGGUCACCGAGAUCGACGAAGACGACCGUGCACACAUGCUAUCCGCUGCAGUGACUUGCGCAGUCCUCGCACCAGCCGGUCCCAACCGAUCCCGCAUGCUCGCCUCGCUCUGCCGUGACGAGCGCACGGCCGAACUGCCCUCCUACAACAUCCUCCUCAAAAUGUUCCAUGACCGCAUCCUCCGCGCCGCCGAGAUCAAGGACUUCGAGGGCACCCUGAAGCCCCACCAGCUCGCAAAGAUCGCCCCGUCCUCCAACGACCGGCUCGCAUCUGCCAUAUCAGACGACAACGACGUGCACGACCCCACCGCGAGCAAACGUACCGGCCCGUCUACGGUGCUCGAUCGCGCCGUGAUGGAGCACAACCUCCUCGCCAGCUCCAAGAUCUACAACAACAUCACGUUCAGCGGCCUAGGCGCCCUCCUCGACCUGACGCCCGGCGCCGCAGAGACGAUGGCGCGCAGGAUGAUCGAGCAGGGCCGUCUGAAGGGCUCGAUAGACCAGGUCGAGAAGCUCAUCGUGUUCGAGUCUUCGCACGACGAGGACGAUGCGCAGGGCAAGGCCGGUGGGUUGGGCGACGUGGAGCAGACGGCGGAAGACACCGGUGCGCCGUUCACCAAGCGUUGGGACAUGCAGAUCCGCAUCACAGCCGCGAACGUCGAAUCUAUCGUGCAGCAUCUAACGGAGAAGGGUCUUGUAACAUUCGAAGCGCAAGCAUAA